UUCAAUUAUAUCACAUCUCUCGCGUUGUCUCACGUAUGAUGAAGUUCAUUGUGUUGCUAUUCGCAUUAUACUGCAUCGUCAUCCCCACGAUAUUGAUAAAUGUCAACGCCACAGAAACAGACCACCAUGAAGAGGAACACCAUAAGGAGAACAAAACACAUUCGGACAUGGCCAAAAUGGAAGGUGGAAUGAUGCCAAUAUACAUGGUGAUGAAGGAGUCGAUCAGAAAGGGACGAAUGCAUAUCUACAAGGUUGUCGAUAAAUAUCUCAAGAAGGAUGAUUUAGACAAGAAAUUGUUGGAGGUCGCCAAAAUAAUGGGCAAACGCAUUGAGAAGCGUAUGCAAUACUGGGCAAUGAAGAUGGAGGAGAUGCUCAAAUUUGAAACAUCUUAAUCGCUGAAAUGUCAACCAGCCAACAGUUCUCUUUUACUUCGAUUCCUCUAGUAUCUAACACAAACUGUAUAUGUAGAUAUAUGUAAAUUAACUAUUUAAUAAAUUCAUUGUCUUCCUC